GGCCUGGAGGACCAUGUCCCUCAUCCCAUGGCUCCGGUGGAACGACACCCCACCCCGGCUGUCCGCCCGGAGCCCAGCGGAGAUGGUGCUGGAGACACUGAUGAUGGAGCUGGCUGGGCAGAUGCGGGAGGUGGAGAGGCAGCAGAGGGAGCGUCGCAGCGCCGUCAGGAAGAUCUGUACUGGAGUGGACUACAGCUGGCUGGCCAGCACACCCAGGCCUACCUAUGACCUCAGCCCUGGUGAGCGGCUGCAGCUGGAGGAUGUAUGUGCCAAGAUCCACCCAUCCUACUGUGGGCCUGCCAUCCUCAGGUUCCGACAGCUGCUAGCUGAGCGGGAGCCCGAGGUGCAGGAGGUGGCGCGGCUCUUCCGCUCGGUGCUGCAGGAGGCCCUGGAGAAGACGAAGCAGGAGGAGGAAGCCCAUAAGCUGACGCGUCAGUGGAGCUUGAGGCCCCGAGGCAGCCUGUCCGCCUUCAAGAGCCGAGCACGCAUUGCUCCUUUCGCCAGUGACAUCCGGACCAUCUCGGAGGACGUGGAGCGUGAUGCGCCACCCCCACCACGCACCUGGAGCAUGCCGGAGUUCAGGGCGCCCCAGGCCGACUGACCUCCCUGGGCGGUCACCUGCAGGAGGGAAUGACAGGCCGGUGACCGGGUUGCCGGUGCUGGAACCUCCCCACCUACCCGGAACAGGAGACCCACCAAACAGCACAGCUGAACCACCUGAGCCACCUACCCAAGUGUGCACACCUGCUUGGCUACAGGGAGGAGUCAGGACUGGAGCCCUGUUCCUCCCCAACGAGUCUCCGCUUCCCAGCCUGACGCAUACACAAGGCCUGGUGUUGGAGCAGGCGCGCCUUCCCAUCUCUUACCACUGUCUGGAACAAGGAACAAGUGUCUGCCUCUUUGGCAAGGCCUGCAUUCUCAUCCCAAUUUCCAGGAUGCCCCAUUCACCCUACCCAUUUGGGGCACCUUUUCU